AUCCCUAGCCCUCUUGGUGGAAGUCUAGGAAGAGGAUCCUCACUAGACAUCCUUUCCAGUCUUAACUCACCUGCCCUAUUUGGGGACCAGGACACAGUAAUGAAAGCCAUUCAGGAGGCUCGAAAGAUGAGAGAACAAAUACAGAGGGAGCAGCAACAGCACCAACCACAUUGUGUUGAUGGAAAACUUCCCUCCAUUAACAACAUGGGUCUGAACAACUGUAGGACUGAAAAGGCAAGCAGAAGAAACCCCAUCAAUCCACACCAACACUCCAAGUUUCCAGUUUCUUCAUUCAUCUCAGACCUGCCUUCUAAGGAGGCAAGGGAAGCCACUUCCUUUCAACAACACCAAGACUACAGUGCUUUCUCUUCCUGUGUGUUGUGGGAAAGAACACGCUUUGAGAAUUUAGGCCCUCAGUUAUCAGGGAAACCUGGUGAAGAUGGAAAACUAGGCCCAGGAGUCAUUGAUCUUACAAGGCCUGAAGAUGCAGAGGGAAGUAAAGCAAUGAAUGGCUCUGCAGCUAAACUACAGCAGUAUUAUUGUUGGCCAACAGGAGGCGCCACUGUGGCUGAAGCACGAGUCUACCGGGAUGCCCGAGGCCGAAGCAGCAGUGAGCCCCAUAUCAAACGACCAAUGAAUGCAUUCAUGGUUUGGGCAAAGGACGAACGCAGAAAAAUCCUCCAAGCUUUUCCUGACAUGCACAACUCCAAUAUUAGCAAAAUCCUUGGUUCCCGCUGGAAAUCUAUGUCAAACCAAGAGAAACAACCAUACUACGAAGAGCAAGCACGGCUAAGUAAAAUCCACCUAGAGAAGUAUCCUAAUUACAAAUAUAAACCUCGACCAAAACGCACCUGCAUUGUUGAUGGCAAGAAACUGCGUAUUGGAGAAUAUAAACAACUAAUGAGAUCUCGAAGGCAGGAGAUGAGACAAUUUUUUACUGUAGGGCAACAGCCUCAGAUUCCAAUCAGCACAGGGACUGGUGUGGUCUACCCAGGUGCUAUUACUAUGGCAGCCACUACGCCAUCGCCUCAGAUGACUUCAGACUGCUCCAGCACUUCAGCUAGCCCAGAGCCCAGCAUCCCCGUCAUUCAGAGCACUUAUGGCAUGAAGGCAGACAGCGGGGGCCUGGUGGGCAAUGAAAUGAUCAAUGGGGAGGACGAGAUGGAAAUGUACGAGGACUUCGAGGAUGACCCCAAAUCAGACUAUAGCAGUGAGAACGAAGCCCAUGAGGCUGUCACUGCCAACUGAGGAUGUUUGCUGGAUUAAAGUACUGAGACUUUUUGUUUUUGUUUUUGAUUUGUUUUGAACAAAAAAGUUCUUAAAUGAGCCUGCAUGCAUGUGUGGCUCCUACAGUUACAUCUGCAGAAUGGUCUUAAAUGUUUCUUAAUGUGUGACACAGAUUGUUCCCUAAUUUUCAUGAACUUAAAAACAUUUAGGUGAAGACAUUACGUAUCAGACAUUGGGACUUGAAAACUUAUAUGAAUCAAUAGCUCUCUUACAAGUCUUACCUUCUUUUUUUGGUCUGUUUUUCCUCCUCCUGGAUGCUGAUGAAAAAGGUUUAAGUUACUGUUUUAAAUGGGGGUUUUACAUUUUCACUCAGGUAAGCUGUGCCAGCCUACAGGUUGUGAAUGUGUUUUUAUUCUGAAUUAUGUUAGAAAACAAAAAACAAAAAAAUAACUGCAGUUUUCCUAUCAUGAAAAAGAACAAAGUCCUCAAGUUUUUGCAUCUGUGUCUCUUAGCUCAUCUUUUUAAAACAAGGUAUCUGAAUUCCAUUUUCCCCCCUCCAUGUGUAUAGAUGAUCUUCUGGUGUGCCAAACUUUCAUAACUUUUGAAUCUUAAUGUUUUAAAAAGUCUUAAAAGGGAGACACUGUAAAGUCUUAGACAAUCCUUUGGCAUCUUAAAAAUAUCUAUGUAUCUUUAAAAAACAACCAUGUAAUUUUCCAGAAAAAUGGUAAAGUACUCAGGAAUCUGGAGACAGAAUAUUCUUAAAAUAGUGAACAUGACUGCCACAACGCACUUGCCCAAUUACUUCUGCCUCAUGAUGUAACAUCAGUACAAAUUAUUAAGUAAGCACAAAAGAGCGAUCACCAGCUACAGGCAGGCCUGUCUUCAGAAUUCAGGGCCACCUCCAAAUCGAAUCUGCUGUUUUGGUCUUAACCCUUGCAUUCAGUCUUAACUAUAAUUUCUCUUAAACUAUUUAUUCAUUCCAGAAUGUCAGGGGUCAAUUCACAAAUUUUGUUUUUCUUCUAAAGUUCUUUGGUGGUGACAUAUUUCCAGUUUAUUCACUCAUUCCCAUUAAAAGACUGUAGCCAUCUUAAAAAUAGGAAAGCAUGAAUAUUAAAAAGCAACUCUGUACCUGUGUAGGAAAUUGUCUGUUUUAAACCUGGGAAAGCUAUAUAAGACCCUACAAAUCUACAGCUUCCCUAACAAUUGCCAUGCUGGUUGGGAUUGGUGGAAAUUGCUGGUUGGGGAUGAUGGGAGGUAUCAGAUUGGGAAAGACUGCUCUGCGAUAUGCAAAACAAAAGUAUGCAGGUGUUUUCAGUAUUUCCUUGGUGUAUUUGCUCUAUGUGUCUGCCACAGGCCUGCAUCCAAGAAAUGAACGUAACUAGGUCUAAAAGUACAUUGGAAUUUGGAUUCUCAAACUAGGUUGCACCUUCCCCUUGCAUAGCAAACGAGUUCUGAAACUAAGGAAGGUUGUUUCAGAAACAGACAGAAAAUGUACAUGGUAGUCAUUAUAGUUCAAAGGAAAAUAGCAGCUAAAUCCCAAAUGAGUGUUGGAUAAGUUGUUAAAUUCCUUGAUAAUAGUACUAAAAUAUUAGUUCCCAGACUUGGCUUUCAGGACAGUGUUGGGCUACAGUCCUGAAAGGAGUGCAAGGGUGGGAACAGUAUGGUAUGCAGGCAGUAAUUCCACAAAAUUGUUUUUCAUGGGGAGGGGGGGGGGAGAUGUAAAAUGCUGCCACAGUUUGGGAUUCUGCAUAUUGUCAUUAACACUUGUCAACAUCUAUGAAAUAUUGAUAUAAAAAGAUGCACAAAAUCUUAAUUUUUUAUCAAGUGUUAGCAUUAGAGAACUAAAAUGAUUUCUGUAGCAUUUCAAUUACCUGAUAUGAUUUUGUAGUAAUUUUUCAGAUUUCUGUUACUCAGAUGUGUGGUCAGUGUUUUAUUUUAUUGAUCCUAUAAAAGAGGAAAGAAAACAACACAUAGGUCCCAAGGUUAAUAUCAUAUCAAAUAAAUACAUGUAAAGUGCUCUAGGCCUUAAGAUACUGCAGAAAUGCAAACAUCACUUAUACUGACAGAGUAUUAGCUGUAAAGUUGGCUUCUGAGAAAUCUGAGCUGCAAGAGGGGGAGAGAAACAUUCCAAGGUUAAUAAUCUUGGUCUUAAAUAUAUAUAUAUAAUUUAUAUAGCUUCCAAUCAAGACAUUUGACUUAAACAUUAGAAUUUGCUCAGUUUUCUGCAGCAUGAAGGCCUAGGUUGGAGUAUGGUGUGCAGGUUUGAGGAUAUCAAUAUUGCACUGGUAAAUAGUAUGGAAAACAUUAUUCAGGCUCAUAAAUGUGAAUGCAUAAAAUGUGGGCCACUAACAUUAAUAGACUUUGAAUUGGGUUCAUUUGAAAUAUUUAAUCCUAGGAAGAUGUGUGGGGAAUGGGUAAAGGUAAAGAUUUCCCCUGACGUUAAGUCCAGUCAUGUCUGACUCUGGGGGUUGGUGCCCAUCUCCAUUUCUAAGCCGAAGAGCUGGCGUUGUCCAUAGACGCCUCCUAAGUCAUGUGGCCGGCAUGACUGCAUGGAGUGCCGUUACCUUCCCUCCGGAGCGGUACCUAUUGAUCUACUCACAUUGGCAUGUUUUCGAACUGCUAGGUUGGCAGGAGCUGGAGCUAACUGCUGCCACUCACGCUGCUCCUAGUGGGGAAUAGUCAUAGGAAAAAAAUAUGGAGGUAAAUGGUCUUUUGUCUUUUCAUAAUGUCUUGACCAUCAGUAGUCAUAUUAAUUUCAGAGUGUUGUAUAUAUAACAGUGAAACAUACCUCAGAAAGGUGGCAAUGUUAAAGGUGCAAAAUUGUUCACCUACAAGUUCUCAAUAAAUGCAGCUUCACACGAUAUUAUGGUGUAGAAGCCCUGUUAUACAAUAUUACAUCUGUAUGAUAGAUGCUCCAGGCAUUGAACUAGAAUUCAUUUUUUGUUAUUCCAGCAGUGUUUUUCUAUUUAUUAUGGCAGAAUCAACCCAUUGUGUAUCGAUACAGAUGGCACAGUUUCCAUGGAAGUGCAAUUUCCAAGGCCUACACCAUGCUAUCUGUUGUGUGAAGCAGAGUUAUGUUGUUGAGGGUCACUCAUAUAAUAUUAAAAAGUCAGCCAAUAAUAAUUGAAGAAUUUAUGCCUCUCUCUGUAGCUGCAAUUAGGGGAAAGAGUUGCAAUGAUUUUCAGAAGCAUUAUUGCACCUUGUAUGGUGGCAGAGAUGACAAAUCAGCAAGAAUUUAAUAUGUGUACUAAAUCCAGUUCCUCCUGAAAAUUUUGAUAUAAAUAAAACUAUGGCAAAUAAGGCUUUUGUCCCCUCCAGUUCAUUCAGAAGUCUGUCUUGCAUACCACAGACCUGGAGUCUAUAUUGUAAUAAUUGCGUUUCCUUCCAUUUCCUUAAUCUCACUGGCUUUAAAAAUGGGCAUAAUAUCAGUAAAGGGAAUUGCCAUGCUAUUUUACAACACUGCAGGAUGAACAAAGCAAAAGACGGCAUUAAUAAUACCCUGACAAUGUUCAGCAACAAUUGCUGGAGAUGGAAUAUUUUUUUGUAAUGUUAGAAUAGGCAAUUUAUUCCACACAAGUAAGAAAGGGUUGCUAAAUUGACAAGUGAAAAUAUUAUUCUGACAUAUCAGCAUUCUCCUCAAGCUUUGGCAGCCAUUUUGUAAUCUGGAUAAAAUGUGUUCAGCAAAAGCAAUAAAACUAGUCUAGCCACAAAGUUAGAGACACCUGUUGUCAUUAGCUGGUGAACGCCCUCUUUAUUUAGUUAGUGUACUGAAAGAAAAUCCUUUUUAGUUAAGAUUGUUUGGAAAUUUGAACUGAUCCAAUCCAUGUAGCUUGGAGGGGAGGGUACAUGUUCUUUCAUAAACAAUGAGUAUUUAUUAAUUUCAUACAUAUUUCUCCUGUUAUAAAUCUCUCUUGAUCAUAACAUUUCUUUCCUUGCCAUUUUUUCAUAGGGAUUUUUUUUGGCUGAUGUUGUUGUUGCAUAGGUAGAAUGCUGUAUUGCUCGCAUUGUAUUUUGUGUAAUUAUUUUUGCACAAAGGCAAACAUUUAAUUUAGUGGAUUAAUUUUUUUUAUAAAUUUUAUGACCAUGCCAAAAUAAUAUUCUGCAGGCUGGUGGAGAACAAAGGACUGUUCUUUAGGACUGAAACUUGAUUUUGCUCGUAGUACAAAAAUACACACACACACACAGAUGUUGUUUCGUAAGUGUUAUAAACACUGGAUAUAAAUGGUAUUUUUAUCACUUCUAACUAAUGUGAAACUGUUGUACAAAAAUGACAUGAACAAAAGUCAUCUGUUUCGACUCAUGUGGGCCUGCCUCACAGUUGCCGGAUUUGAGUCAUUUUUAUGUCUUGUUAUUUCAUUUAUUUAUGCAAGAUUAGUCUAUGUAUGAAUACUUUGUUUUAGCUCCAGCCCUGCAUCUGGGUUGAUGCUCUAUAACUUAAAGCAGUGUUCUUGACACUGUUUGGCUCUUCACGAAUCAGCAGAUGGUGGAAUGCUACUUUAUUGGACAGGUUGGGUGAAAAGGUAUUUGAACCUAAAAAGUACAGAGGCCGUUUAUUGUAUUUAUUAGCCAGCGUUGGCUCUAAAGUGUCUGUAGAAAUCAAGGAAAGACAAUCGUUUGGAAACGAAUUUUUCUUUCAUUCUGAAUUGGAGCUCAAAACAAGGUUUUUGAUUCAUCACCAUCUCAUUUUAGAUUUUUUUAAAGAAAUGUGUAAAUAUAACAUAGGAAAUAGAAUUUUAUUUUUUGUUCUUGGAUAUUUAGUGAAGUAUAAGUUAUGUAUUUACUUUUGUUCUGUAUCAGUGUACAUUGGUCCAUAUUAAAUGCUGACAAAUCACUGUACCUCAUGUAGAUAUUGAAUUUACACCUGCAGUGGGAGAGCAGUAUUGUGGACCUGUAGCUAGGAUGGCAAGAUGCCUCACUUGUGCCCUUCUUCAAAUCCAAAUCCCAUAUUUCAUAAAUUCAAGUAAUUUCCAAUGUGGCACAUGCUUCAGGAAUAAUAAUCUUUAUCUUCUUUAGUCCCUGGUAGUGUGUAGUUACUGGGACUGAUUAGGCAGAGAGAUGUAACCUCAUAGGCUGGCCCUAGGAACAUGUUGCCAUAAGACAUUGUAUGGCAGUGCAUCCCCUUGUGCAGCAUUACAGACAAUGGCUCUAAUCCAGAGAAAAAGAAUCACAUCUGAGUCUUUAUUUCACUCAAAAUGGCCACAACGUAAUGUCAGUGAAACCAGCUUUCUCUAUAUUAGUGCCAUGAUUAAACAGACCUCUGACAACUUUGGAAGAUGUGGUUCCAUUAAAUUCCUUGUAAGUUAGUUAAAUAUUGUAAUCAAUCAGUGGCCUGUUUUAUCCUUAAAACACACAACCCAACAGCUCUCACCCUUCCCCUUUAUUAGGGGUACUGUAAAACAUAACUGCUUUAAAAUAUGGUCUGCUUAAGUGCCAGAUUUCCAAUUUAACUUGCAGUCAAGUUACUUUUAAAUCUGCCAUUUGCUUCCAAACAAAACUGCAGAAGUUUCUCCUUAACGUUUUGUUUGAAAGCAACUAGUAUAACUAAAUGUGUCAAGAUGCAUGACAAAUAAGUGAGUUAAUAUGGAUGCGGUUGAAGGCUGCCAUUAACCAGGUCUGAGAAAAUGAAGUCCAUUAUUAAACACAGCACUGAUCUGGUUAGCUCUAUGUUAAAACGUGGAACAAAGUUGGCCUGUCAAAAAAGGAAGUAAAAAUAGCAGUAAUAAAGUGACAUGUAUUGUUGCUUUCUGUAAUAGACAGCAAAAUAUGUUCAUGUUCCUGCAAAUAAAUGUUUGCUUAAAUGUAUCAUGCCAUGUAGUUAGAAUAUCUGGACUUUGAGCAGCAUUUUUAUUCUUAAUAUUACUAUUGUCAUCCCAUUUCUUUAGCAAAAGCAUAGUUUCUUUAUAAAAAAAACCCGUUUACUUUCAAUACAAUACUUCCUGAAUACCUUGUGACUGGUUAGAAAUGUCAUUUAAUUAAAUGAUAACAACAAAAUACUUUGUUUGACCCUUGUAUUUGACAGAAAGCAAAAUUAAGUUUUAAUGAUACUGAUAAAAGGAGCAAUCAAAGGUUUCUGACCAAAGGGCCCCUUUCUUAGAAUCAUAUUGUCAUUUUAUACAGAGCCACCUAUACCCAUUUUGAGGGCAGCAGCUCUUCAGGGGCUCAGGUGAAGAGGGCUUAUGCCUUUUCUGCUAGUUGGCAGUUGUUUUGUUUGUUUGUUUUUGCUAUUUUAAGGGGACACUAAGCUUUGAACUCAGAAUCUUAUAUAUGCAAUACAUGUGCUUUGCCACUGAAUUGCAGCUCCUUUUCCCCUCACAGCCUGGUACCCUAAUCCCAAUUCAUCAUGGCAACAGUCAUGAAGAGUUAGGAAAAGUCAGAUGGAGUUAUAGCAGGGUAAGAACUCCAGAUCGUUUGAGUAUAGUGUUUCUUGAGAGUGUGAGUGCAUUUGUUAUUUACAGUUAACACAAGUCCUGUGAAAAAGUGCAGCAGCAACUUGAAAACUAUUACUUAUUGUUUAAAGAAUUGUGUAAGUGAAAUGAUUAUUGUGUAAAUCCAAGCAUCCCCCUAAUACAAGUUAAAGCAUGAUCUCCCACUGUUCCCACUAUUGCUCUUAGUCUUAUUGAAGCUUAACAAAUCUUUCAACUUUAUCACAAUUAAUUUUACAGUGCUUUGGUCAAGGAAAGCACUUAAAUCUGGAAUCAUCAUAUUGGACAUUCUGGAAUAGUCUCAAUGGAAGCCAGCAUUACUACUCCAGAGUAAGCAGUAUGAAGAUCAUAGCCACAGACGCUAGUUUAACUUUAAGCAACCGAGCCAUUCUACUGAAGCCCAAAAGAUUUAGAACUAUGUUUAAAGCUAAGCUGCAGGAAGUUGUGUGUAUAUCUGGAUGGGUUUGUCAGUGCCAACUGCAGCUGGUAGAAUGUAUAAUAAAGUAUUUCAUAUUCUCAUUUUAUUAAAACAUAGUCCCAAAUCCUAGAUGUUUGCAUGCAUGUUUAAAGACUGAAGUUGGCACUUAAGCAUGUCCUGUUUAAAGACUAACAUGUGACCUCAUUUGAUUUUUUUUAAAGAGAAAUAAAGGCACUUACUCUUUUCCUCAAACACACUUCAUUUUCCUCUUCCCAUCCUAAUUACUUGGCCAUCACCUUUUUCUACCAGUCUUUAUUCUCUGAACUCCCAGAUGAUGUGUUCGAUAUACUGUAAUACUGUGAUCCCCCCUAACAGAAGAGUUGGGGGAUACAGCCAGAUUUAUGGCAUUGGAUUCCAUAUCCCAUUCCCAUCUUUAAAGUUCAAGUUUAAUUUUUUUGAAGUUGAUUCUUUUCUUUUCUGUUAGAAGAAAAGGGAGUUCACUUCUUGUGUGUAAAGAGGAGGGGUGGGUCUGGGAUGUAUGUGUGAAAUGAAAAUGUAUCCAAUUGGUAUUUAUGGCAAUAUGAAAGCUGUAAAGCAGCUUAGUGACACAGCUUGCUUUAUAACUUCUGCUUUCUUUGAAAACCACAAGUGAGGUCCUUGGUGCUCUCAAAAGUUUGGGGAAUGUGCAAAUAUUUAACUGUUUGUAUGCUGCACAUUACGAACUUGCUAGUGUGCAUUCUCCGUUUGUCUUCCUUUGUCAUUUGUGUUUUGCUUUCUCAGAAGCACAGGGUUUUUUUUUUUCACCCCGCUUAUAUGUACCCUUCAUCAGCCUGUAGCAAAGUUUAGAUUGUUUUAAUUCUUCCGUUCUUCCCUUAUUGUAUUUGCCAUGUACAAAUAUUGGUCUUUAAAAAAAUACAUUAAGACAAGCUUAUAAGCUGUUACUUACUGUAACUUUUUCUUUCCUGACAUUGUAAUUUGUUUGUGAUGUAUAUUGUGAGAUUGUAUUCUAUGUUAAUUUAAUCAGCACAAUUCACUGACAUGCUGGACUGACAUGCUAGCUGCUGUUUCAAAGUGUAAAGUUUUUGUGUAGAGCUGUUGGGGGACAACUGAGACUCCCCAUGUCAAGGUACAAUGCUUUUGUUCUUAUCGCAACCGUGUGGAUGCCAGGGUGGCUGUUUGAGGAUGCCGGGGCGGCUGUUUUGUCUCACACAAGCAAAUUUUGUAACUGGCAGGUUUUCUUUGUAGAAAUUCUAUAUACAGUGCAGGUACCUACCUGGGCCCAGGGCUGGUAAUUAUUUGGGCAUGUAGAGGGAAAAAAAAACCCUAGUGUCUAUUGCUGCUUUGAAUAUGUUUUAAAAGUCUGAAAAUGUAAAUAGUUUAUCAAAAAAUAUCUUGUACAGUCCAGUGUAAAGUUUUUAAAUGAACUUAAAAGUUGCCAUCACAUCUCUCUCACAUUCUCCUCUUGAAGCAAUCUGAAAAGGAAAAGAAAAAGAAAAGAAAAGUUUGCUAAGGAUGUUCAUUUUUUUAUUAAAAAAGAGAAGUAUCAAUGCUCUUAAUUUAAAGGGGUGGGGGGAAGAAUCAUUCUUAGCUUUGCUCCGUAGCAUAAACUGACCUCUUGGAUUUUGUUGUGCAGUAUUGACGUGAGGUAAAUUAAAUAAUUUUCCAGUGGUACUUUUAAAGAGUAUUCUCUUUCCUCUGCUCAGAAAUCAACAGAAAAGACAAAACUGAAAGACACUGUCUUUAUGAUGUAUAUUCUGGUGUAUGUUGGCACCUUACUGACCUAUUUGAGGGGGUUUUAUUUUUCUUUUCUUUUUUCCUUUUUGCACAAGGUGCUUUCCUGAUAUGUUAGACAUGUCAUCAUUGGGUGAAACCAUAUAUGCCAUGAUAAGGGGGUUCGGACCCCUCAGGGGAGCGUCUAUAAGACUGCCUAUUUAUGCUCAUUUACCUCAAGACUGUCCUCUCUACCCUUAAUCUAUUCACCAUCACUCCAUCUUUUGUACUGCUGUUGACACUUACAGAUUAAAGAUAAAUUUUGUUUUA